CGCGCGGGGCGGGGCUGCCCGGCCCAGCCCAUCCGAGCCUAGGCCGGAGCGGACGGUGCGGGACUUGGAGACGCCCGGAGGCUGCGAGCACACCGUCCGAGUCGACCAGGUCCUGGCAGCUGGGGUCCCCCCUCAGCCCUUGACCGGCCAUGUCCAACCCCAGUGCCCCACCUCCGUACGAGGACCGAAACCCCCUGUAUCCUCCACCCCAGGGGGGCUACGGGCAGCCGUCGGUCCUGCCUGGCGGGUAUCCUGCCUACCCUGCCUACCCACAGCCGGGCUACGGUCACCCUGCAGGCUACCCACAGCCCAUGCCCCCGGUCCACCCGAUGCCCAUGCACUACGGCCCAGGCUAUGAUGGCGAGAGAGCAGCGAGCGACAGCUUUGGGACUGGAGAAUGGGAAGACAUGAAAGUCCGACACACCUUCAUUCGAAAGGUUUACAGCAUCAUCUCCAUCCAGCUGCUCAUCACGGUGGCCAUCAUCGCCAUCUUCACCUUUGUGCAGCCAGUCGGCGACUUUGUGAGGAGAAACACGGCCGUCUACUACGUGUCCUAUGCUGUCUUCCUGGCGACCUACCUGACCCUGGCCUGCUGCCAGGGACCCAGACGCCGCUUCCCAUGGAACAUCAUCCUGCUGACCCUCUUUACUCUUGCCCUGGGCUUCAUGACCGGCACCAUUGCCAGCAUGUAUCAGACCAAGGCCGUCAUCAUUGCGAUGAUCAUCACUGCCGUGGUGUCCAUUUCGGUCACCAUCUUCUGCUUCCAGACCAAGGUGGACUUCACCUCGUGCACAGGCCUCUUCUGUGUCCUGGGAAUAGUGAUGAUGGUGACAGGGAUCGUCACUGCCAUUGUGCUGGCCUUCAAAUAUGUUUACUGGCUCCACAUGGUCUAUGCUGCUCUGGGGGCCAUUUGCUUCACCCUGUUCCUGGCUUAUGACACGCAACUGGUCCUGGGGAACCGGAAGCACACCAUCAGCCCAGAGGACUACAUCACCGGCGCCCUGCAGAUCUACACGGACAUCAUCUACAUCUUCACCUUCGUGCUGCAGCUGGUGGGGAGUCGCGAUUAAAGAGCACCCCCAGUUCCACGCCACCCAAGGCUCUCCCAUCCCCGGAGGGCUGGGCCUUGUGACUGGGGUCUGGGCUGCAGACCCUUUCCUUCCCCUCAAGUAAUAUGCCCAGUUUCCUUUCUGUCCCGAGUGGGUGGCCUCUCUGGCUGUGGCUGUGUGGGUACCACCUGGUGGGGCCGGAGGAACUGGGAACUAACUCUGGGCAGGGACUAGGCUGCAGAUGUACCCGCUGUGUGGCACCAGCUGCUACUUAACCGCUGGGCUGGAGGGGGAGGGAUGGCAAGAGCCUAUUUCAUAACUAAAAGGGAAUGUGGAGAUAGAAGUGACUUCAAGGUGAUGAGGUUUCCCCUCCCACCGUCGCCACAGGCUUCCGGGCUCAGUAGCUGGGGCCAUUUCCUCCCUCAUCCCCUAACAAAGAGCUUUGUCCUCCGCCUCUGGGACUCUUACACCGUUACGCUGUGCUCCUCCGGCAAACUGUGGCACUUCCCCACUCGGGGAGGUACACGAGACCUGUGCCUGUGGGUCCUCCUGCUUCAGCUCCCCUUCUGAUGGCAUGUAUAUACUAUUUGUCCGGGCUGGGGCAGGGGAGGAAGGUGAGAGCGAGCAACGUCAAGCACGGGGGCCAACACAGAGCAGCAUCAGCCCUGGGCUUCCUCGUGGCGGCGGGCGCAGAGAGCACAGGCCCACUUGCGGCCAUCUGGUCCCCAUUCUCCGAAGCUGCCUGGGGUCAGGGCAGGGUGGAGGGUGCUCCCUGGUGCUUCCGAGGUCUCUGGUGAGAGGGAUCUCUUGCUUCCUAUUGCUCAGGCAGCUCAAGGCAGAAAGCAAGGGGUGAAGGUCGGGAGAUGGGGUGGUUUGUAGGGGUGAGUGUGGCCAGGAUGAAGAGGCGGGGCUGGGGGCAGGGGAAACGCCUUGGGGGCACCCCGCCCGUCUGAGAGCUGGGGAAGCCUGCAGUGGGGCCUGUGGAAGCUUGGUGUCUUUCCUUCUGCUACCCUGGCGGGGGGCCUGAGGGGAAGGACACUUCCCCUCUCUUCUUGACUCUCACGGGGGGAUUUGAGACUCGGACCCCAUCUCCCCAGCCAGCUACUGCUUCCUUCGCGACACCAAGUGCCUCAAGCUGGAAGGGGGAGGAGGACAAGGGUCACUCUGUGGGGUGGGGUGGAAAGCAAAUCAGCCCAAGGGUAUAAUUAGGACUCUCUAAGUCCUUGGUCCUAAGUAUAUCAUGUAAAAGGACAUAACUAGAAAUGUAAUAAAGUUUUAUGUUUAGAAGUUAAAA